UAUUUCAGGCUGUAACCUACCUACAAGAGCCCUAAGAUAAUUCACAAAAAAACAAAUAAGUACUCCACUGGAGCGUUUCUGUAGUGAAAAGAACAGAUUCUACUUUUCCCCAAAUUAAGUUGUAGAACUGUGCGUAUUAGUUGUAUAAGUUUGGCAAUAUCAGAAUGGAGGAGUAGUACUCACGUAACCCCGUUGGUCGCAUGAGAAAACAGAUGGUAAGUCAUCCUGCCGACAAGCAGAUUCAGCGCAGCCAUGGACGUAAAGCCGAAGGCCGAGCCCCUUGCAGACGAUUGUAUAGUGGCGCUCUCGGGCGCCUACUGUCCUGACGGUAUGGAUCCACAGAGCGACCAAGCUGCUGGUCCGACCCCGAUCAUGCUGUUCUUCACCUCCAAAGAGACCAGCAAAGUCCCCCUAGCAGUGAUGACCACCGGUGGUUCCCAGGAUGUCCUUCCGAGUGCUGGCGGUGCUGCGGGAGUGCGAGGUCAAGGCGAAGCGGUGUCCAGCUCGUCUGAAUUUACCCACGAUGCCAUCAUGCUGCUGAUCGAGGCCAUGGCGGCACGCUGGGACCUGUAUGGCCAGCGGGAGCGCUCGCGGCUCUUCCAGAGUGUCCAGCAGGAGCUGGACAGUCACGGCUACCCGCUGCCCGUCGAGAGGAUACGUCGCAAAUGGAACAACCUCAUCGUCACCUACAAGCGCGUGAAGGAGCGUUGCAGGGGCCGGGGACAGGCCAGGACCUCAUGGGAAUACUACGAGGUGAUGGAUGCUGUGUUGGGGAAGACGGAGAUCGCUCAGGGCAGCUCAGCCUCUGCCACGCUGCUGGGCUUAGCCACGACGGCACAGGCGGCAGCGCUGUGUGAGGAUCGGCCACCCGUGGGCAUCUCCGCCGCCAUGCCCUCCAGCCUUUUCCCUAACAACCUCAUCGCCACGGCAACUCAGGUGCCCACCUUGACCCCGCAGAGGGUUACUCCCCCUAUGAUGCCACCCAGCCUUGCCCCGGUCCCACCUCUACACCCUGCUCCUCAAAACGGCCCACUGAGUUGUUCUGAUAGUCCUCUAACCGUGUCCUCGUCGCCGCCGCGACCCAAAAUGACCUUCGUGGCCUCUUCCCGGCGAAAGUCUCGCGGCGCCCCUGCGGUGGGCGUGCCCACGUUUGUGAGCCAGCCACAGGGGGGGCAAGCAGAGCGGCGUGGCGCCAUGCUGCGAGGGGGUUACCUGAGCGCCCAGGAGCAGCGCGCCCUUCUGGACGAGCAGCGCCACUGUAGGCAGGAGGCGCGGGAGCGGCGCAGGGAGCGGACGACCAACCGCGUGGCGGAGGCAGUGGGCAGGAUGGCCACGGCACUGGAGCUCAUCUCCUCCAAACAGGACACAAUCAUCGCCCUGCUGCAGAGGCUCGCCGACAAACACUGACACUGACAAACACUGACACUGCUCGGACAGUAUGGCAGACAGACUAAUAAUAACCCUAAUAAUAAAGGUGACAAAUAGUCCUACUAAGUGGGAUUCACAAACAUUGGAGGAAGCUUAGGAAAGAGGCUAGGCCUACACCCAUAAAUGUUCUGCUCUUCUUCAGCAUCACUUUUUUUGAAUGAAGCACCAAAAUACUGGACAAACUUUAAAAAAGGGAUAAAAAAUGUUUCAGGAUUUGCUUUUGACACUUUUAAAACAAGUGCCGCCCAAAUACCUUAACCUUAAUCUCAAAUCAUUUUGCUUUGUAAAUUACUCUGGGUGUGCCUCCUAACCAGAACCCAUCUCGCCCUGGCCUGAGGCAACAUCAUAUUUGAUAGAUGUUAUAUAGUUUUCAUUUAACAUUUCCUCUGUAAAAACGAAAAUGAGAUCACUCACUGAAACUAUG